CUUUGAGAUCUUUGAUGCUUUGAUCUUCUCGUUCCUAUAUAAGUUAUUUUUUCGUUAUGAAUUUUUACACCAAAUGCCUAAAAAGCAGACAAGUGUUGCUGUCGUUGGUGUGCAUCUUCCUUCUUAAAGAUAAGCAGGUGUAUACAUGAUGAUGAUGUGGCACCUCCUUUGGCCUUCUGUCCUCCUGGGAGUGUUUUUCAACAUUUGUCCAACAUGCCCUCUGGAAAUCCAGAAGGAAAGGAAACACUACUACGUCGCCAGGGGGUCAAGUGUCCAGCUACCUUGUGCGUACAGUCACACCCUGGACUUUAAGCAGUACACGGAGGUCUCGUGGAGUAUCGUGUCUGCAGACCGAGAGGAGCAACCCAUUAUUUGGUUUACAGGCGGCCGCUUGUAUUCCGAUUUGUACAAACCAAUGGAGGGGAGGGUCCAAUUCACAUCAGCCGAUCCCCAAAAUGGAGACGCGUCUAUCAACAUCAAAGAUGUACGUCCGUCAGACACGGAGAUGUACCGGUGUCUGGUGAAGAAGUUACCAGAACUGGACAAGAAGAUCUUAGACCUGACAGUCAUGGAGGCACCCAGUCAGCCUCUGUGCAGUGUGGACGAAGAAGACAACAGUAUGACGCUGAAAUGCAGCUCUCUGCAAGGCACCCCACCUUUGCAUUACAUCUGGUCCAAGACCAGUGGAAAUAAGGUCUUGCCUCCUCAGGCCACUGUGGACCCCACAGGAGCCACCUUGCAUUUCAACAUCACCGAGCGGGAGUGUGGAAGCUAUCGCUGCACGGUGGAAAGUAUGGUGGGCACCAAACACUGUGACCUUCACCUGGACUGUUCGCUGCCCCAGGACAACAAUGUGAGCAGUCCACGAUUGCUGACAACCACUGCAGUCGCUGCAGUGGUUGUCACUAUCACCACACUCUUCAUUGUCACAGUUGUCCUUGCCGUAUUCCUCUACCGCAAACGAAAAGAGCAACACCAGGACAUUGAAAUGGAAAAAUAAUUUGAUGUUGUUCAUUUGUUAAUGUUUGAUAAAAAAUUGUUGACAUUGUUUGUUAUAUCUUUUACCGCAAUGGCAUUUUGAUUUUUAUCUCACUUUAAUCUCACUUUUGAAUCUAAAAAAAAAGUUCUAUGUUAUUUCUAGUAUGUCGGUUGUGGUUUUUUCAUACAUGUAUAAAUGCAGAAAUUGACAGAAAACUGAAAGUUUACCCCGGGGGGAAAGAAAAGCACAUUUUGUAAAGUAAGUAGUUUUAAUAGCUAAUGGAAAACUGAUCUGGACUGAUCAUGAGUUAAAAGGUAAAAUAAAUAAAUACGUAAAAAAAAAAAAAAAAAAAAAAACUCGGUAGCAGUAGAAAUUAUGGAGGGGCCCACCUUCAAAUAAAGAAUAUUUACAAACAAACACUGUAGUAAACUAUAAAGACAGGUGAUACCACACUACUUCAAGCUUAUAUUCCUUGCAAUAUUAGAAAAAUUAGUUAAAUUAAUACAAUCAAAUCUUGACUUUAAUCAUAUGUGCGCUACACUGCCCCUAAGAGGCCAUACUCCCACACAGCAGUAAAUCAGUAGUUAUUUUUUAAUUGUUUUAUAUUGUUAUAAUUAAACAUUAGUUUCAUAAGUAAUUCAUUGAAAGCCUCAGGCAACACUCACUUACAUGACACUGAUGAGCAAAAAAACUGGGUGGGCUAUCUUUGAAAAAACAGCUAGAUGUAUUUAUUAUCUUUUUUGGGGGCCUUUUUUUUUUUUUUUUUCUAUAUCUCCAAAUUGUUCAGAUUUAGCGAUUUGAAAGGUUUAUGUGUUAAGUGUUGGAUUAUACAUAAACUGUCUUUUGACCGAACAUGAAUAAGAAAUAAAAAGUUUGGCAUUUUAUUAUUAUACGGUGGAUAUAAAAAGUCGUCGCAUUCCCGAUCAAAUGUAUUUGUUAAGUAAAAAGUGAAAUUAUUUAAAAGUUUCCACGUUUAAUGUGUCCUAUAACCUGCAAACUCAAUUAAGAAUAAAAAGCAUCCUAGACGUACAGACAGACCUGCAACCAUAUACCUGUAAGCUGCCUCUGAAUAAUUCCAAAUAAAUUUCCGUUAUUUUAAGAGAAUUUUUACUGGAAUUUCUUUUACCUCUGUGGAAGCAUGAAGAUUGUGUGCUAGUACUGCCAUUCAAUGUAAACUGUUCAUAAUUUCCUCCAUCUUGUCUUAGGCCAGUGCUUCUCCAUUAUUUUCUGUUAUGCCCUCCCCCAGGAAGACGUAAAUGUUUCGCGCCCUCCCAACUCUCUGCAACAACUGUAAAUAGUAUCAUUUGUUCAUAAUUUUUUUAUUAUUAUAAGUACACCUCUGUUUAAUGUUUUUUCCUUUUAAUGUUAAAGAGAAAAAGGUAAUAUCGAUAAACUUAUAUAAUCGUAUCAUUAAAUAAUAAUAAUAUAAUUAAAAUAAAUAAAGUAUAACUUAAUUAACAUUGUUUUGUAUGUAACAGAAAAGGCCUAAAGUGCCUAUGACAGCAAAAAGCAUGUUUAUAUCAUAUUUCACGCUGUAUUUUAUGCUCCUGAAUGAAAUGGACCACUUGGAUGUGUGUGGACGCGAUUGAUUUGUUUAUUCCAUUUUUUGAAUCCCGCGCCAUGAAAACGAGUGACUUCCUGGAUUGAGGAAGAAUGCGAAUGUGACGUCAGCCGGGUCACCAUCUCACAAUACAGCCAUUGCUAUAUACAGUGCUGGCCAAAAGUAUUGGCACCCCUGCAAUUCUUUCAGAUAAUGCUCAAUUUGGUCCACAGUGUG